CAGAGCAGUCAUCGUCGUCUACAAUGGGAUCAAAGAAGCGGAAGAUUUCUUUAGAAGGCUACAUCGAUUUCCUUUCCUCUCACAAACAACUCCCUCUCACCGUCGAUUCCCUCCACCAGAUUUUCUCCAUCCACGGUUUUAAGAAACCCAAGGGAGUUAAGAAAGAGCUGAGUGAUGCGGUGGAGACGCUCGAUCUGAUAGAUCCAUCACGUUCCACUUUACGAGCCAGCAUUUCGUCCAACGCCUGGCUGACACAAGAGGAGUUGAUCGGAGACCUCAGUUGUCUGGAUUGGCAAGAGUGUCGCGUUACCGCAAUCGAAAACCUAAACUCUUCGUUUCCCGAGCAACGAUCCAAUUCCAUCCCCAAAGCCCAAGCCAAACGGAAGGGAAGCGCGGGUGUCGAUUUGCCGCCGAAGGCGCUGGUUCUGUCUCCUCCUCUUUACUUUCCUUUCAAUCAUCUUGAGAUCAGAAUCUUCAUCGAUCGGUAUGUUCUACGUUUGUAUUUAACAUUUCUUAAAGUUUGA